AUGGAUGGUGGCAGUGGCUUGAACAUUUUGUACGCUGAGACCCUGAGAGGAAUGGGCAUCCAGAUGUCCAAGCUCAGUGAGAGCAACAUGCGAGUUAUCCCGGGAAAAAAGGCAGAUUCACUCGUUCAAAUCACUCUUGAUGUGGUUUUCGGUGAUUCCAAGAAUUACUGCAAGGAGAAGUUAACGUUUGAGGUGGUGGAUUUCCACAGUGCUUACCAUGCUAUUCUGGGAAGGCCUGCGUAUGCUCAUUUCAUGGCUCGACCAUGUUACGUAUACCUUAAGUUGAAGAUGCCUGGCCCCAGAGACGUGAUCACAGUCAUAGGGAAUCGACAAAGAGCUGAGGAGUGCCUUCAGAAGGGCUCAAAAAUUGUUGACGAGCAGAUGGCAUCAGUAGAAAUGGAAGAGUAUCAGAAGAAUGCGGAUCCGAGUGACUUGUUGCGAGCUAAGAAGCCUGCUUCAGAAUCUGCGUUCAAGUUGUCUGGAGAGACAAAGCCUGUUCAUAUUCACCUGACUGAUCCCUAUGCUGCUCUGACUCACAUCUCAACGACACUCGACAACAAAUAG